UACCAGAAACCUUGUGAUCUUCUGGAGUAGACAGAAAAGGAUCUUGAAGGGAGGCGGAGGAGGAAGAAGUUGUCUUUGUAGGCAUGGAGUCCGCCGGCGGGAAUUCGCUUCCUGGCGUCGGUCCGGAUUCGAAGAAGCGGAAGGUUUGCUACUUCUACGACACGGAAAUCGGCAACUACUACUACGGGCAGGGGCACCCGAUGAAGCCGCAUCGCAUCCGGAUGACUCAUUCCCUUCUCGCCCACUACGGCCUUCUCGGGCACAUGCAAGUCUACAAGCCCAAUCCUGCUCGGGACCGCGAUCUCUGCCGCUUCCACGCCGACGAUUACGUUGCCUUCCUCCGGUCCGUCACUCCCGAAACUCAGCAGGACCAGAUCCGUGCGCUGAAGCGCUUCAACGUUGGCGAGGACUGCCCCGUCUUCGAUGGUCUCUACUCCUUCUGCCAGGCCUACGCAGGCGGCUCCGUCGGUGGUGCCGUUAAGCUCAAUCACGGACAUGAUAUCGCCAUCAACUGGGCCGGCGGGCUUCACCACGCUAAGAAGUGUGAAGCCUCUGGAUUCUGCUACGUCAACGACAUCGUCCUUGCAAUCCUCGAGCUCCUCAAGCGUCACGAGCGAGUAUUGUAUGUGGACAUCGAUAUUCAUCACGGGGAUGGAGUAGAAGAGGCCUUCUAUACUACUGAUAGAGUAAUGACAGUUUCAUUCCAUAAGUUUGGAGAUUAUUUUCCUGGAACAGGUGACAUACGCGAUAUUGGAUAUGGGAAAGGAAAAUAUUACUCCCUGAAUGUGCCAUUAGAUGAUGGAAUAGAUGAUGAGAGCUACCAGUCUCUCUUCAAACCUAUCAUGGGCAAAGUUAUGGAAGUUUUCCGGCCUGGUGCUGUGGUACUUCAGUGUGGUGCUGAUUCGCUGUCUGGAGAUAGGUUAGGCUGUUUUAAUCUUUCCAUCAGAGGCCACGCAGAGUGUGUGAGGUACAUGAGAUCUUUCAAUGUGCCAUUGUUGAUGCUGGGCGGUGGUGGAUAUACCAUCAGGAAUGUUGCCCGCUGUUGGUGCUACGAGACAGGAGUUGCACUUGGAGUAGAAGUUGAUGACAAGAUGCCUCCAAAUGAAUAUUUUGAGUACUUUGGACCAGAUUAUACUCUUCAUGUAGCACCAAGUAAUAUGGAGAACAAAAAUUCACACCGGCAAUUGGAUGAUAUAAGAGCAAAACUUCUAGAUAAUCUUUCAAAGAUUCAGCAUGCUCCUAGUGUGCAAUUUCAGGAACGACCACCUGAUACAGAACUUCCUGAGCCAGAUGAAGAUCAUGAAGAUCCAGAUCAACAACAUGAUCCUGAUUCUGACAUGGAAAUUGACGAUUCCAAGCUUCCAGAUGACUCAUCACGGAAACCAUUCUCUAAUAGUACACCAAGUAUGAGAAUUAAGAAGGAAAAUUUGGAGACUGAUCUUAAAGAUCAGGAAGCUCAAAACAAAGUAGCGGGGGAUCACGGGAAAUCUGUGGAACCCAUGGCAGAGUUCUCAGCUCCCAAGGUAGCAUCAGAUAUAAAUUCCAUGGAGGUAGAUGAACCUGGGACCCUAAAGAAUGAACAAGACAAUCACCAUAAGUCCUCUGAUGCUCCAGCUUUUAUGUACCAAAAAUCCUGAACAAGCAGCAAUUUUAGAAUGCUUUUUUAAAAAGAUACAAGAUCAACUAAAUUAAUCUAUGCCUCAUUUUGACCAUUCAUGACCAGUGAUUACGAGCAACUUCCCAAAUACUGGCAAUUGAAUGAGCACAAGUUAAAGCACAACCCCUGGGUAAGGUAAAUUUGAUUAUGGAUUUACUUGUACAGUCAAAAUAGACGUUCUUGUGCCGUAAGAUUCUACAAAAUUUAAUAUCAAUUGACAUCGGCAACACUAUCCUAAACAUCUAUUGGAAAAAAAAAGAAGAAAAAAAUCGCUUAGUCUUGUAAAGUUGCCUGCAUUUUAAUCAUAUUUAUUAGUUCAAUUGUGUGAUAAGAUUUAAAUA